CUGGCCUUUAUAGUAAGACUUGUUAUCUUUGUCUUCCUCGCGACCACUUGCUGCCUUUUUCAACUAUUAAGGACCUUAUAUAAUCUUAUUUUCUUAAAAGUUUGCUUCCACAAUCAUGAAAGUCACUACGACGUUCGCGUUUCUCGCGGCCGGCGUCCAGGCUGCUCCGCAUUAUACCUUCCCGAAGCUAGCUGGCACGUCGGAUUGGUCUUCGGUCCGGCAGACGGCUAACUUUCAGUCCAACGGCCCCGUGACUGACGUCAACUCGGACGCGAUCCGGUGCUACGAGAGGGCCCCGGGAGGCGCCCCCGAUACCACGGACGUCAAGGCCGGAGGGCAGAUCACUUGGGUGGCUGCUCCGAACAUCUACCACCCCGGAGCCCUUUCUGCCUACAUGGCUAAGGUGCCCGAGGGCCAGACGGCCGCGGACUUCGACGGCGCUGGAGCCGUGUGGUUCAAGGUGUACCAGGAUAUGCCGACGACGUCGGGCGGACAAUACACAUGGCCGUCGAACGGCAAAGCCGAAAUCCCCUUCACCAUCCCCCAAUGCCUCGCGGACGGCGAGUACCUGUUCCGGAUCGAGCACGUGGCGCUGCACUCGGCGUCGGCGGCGGGCGGCGCGCAGUUCUACAUCUCGUGCGCGCAGGUGCGCGUCAGCGGCGGCUCGGGCACCGCGCAGCCCAGCGAACUCGUUUCUUUCCCCGGAGCGUACAAGGCGACCGACCCGGGACUCAUGAUUAACAUUUACAACAACGGCGGUAAGGCGUAUCAGCCGGCGGGGCCGGGGGUGUUUACUUGUUAGGUUAGGGGUUGGGGGGGAGCGGGUCGAUGAAGAACGGGGAGAGGAGAGGAGAGGAGAGGAUGAAAGGGGUGCUGGGUUCGUUCAGCUGGUUACGCGUACGCGGUGAGCGAUCGAGAUAACAUCGCAGCUCUGAGGCUGGAUGUGGGUUAGUUAGUCGGGUAGUUCAGGUCGAGCGCGCACGCAAUACAUACUUAACUAGGCAAUGGGGUAUUAUCGUGAUAUGCCUUUGCAUAGGCCUACCCUACGUAAGAUACGUAAUAUUGCAUCGAAGAUCGAGGACCCGAUAGUAUAGGUAGAACGAAGCUGGCGAACUUUCCUUAGCUAUGUAAUUUAUCCCCCAGUGAUCGACGACUACGGUGAUGAUCUCUCGGUAAUUUUCAUAUAUUAGCUUCGUUCGAGACCGCUAGCUUGGGAGAGCUUCUAGGUAGAAGGUAGCUUUUUUUCACAUGCUCCUCGCGGACCGAAUCCCUCGGGGGGGCAUGCUACAGAUAUCGAUCGCUUAGGUACCUUAGCUGGUAUCCGCCCGGCUGUCGAGUAUUAUCGACAUAGUGGCGUCAUGUCUUCGGGCUUUCGAAU